UGCAUUUUAUGUUUUUCGCCUUUAAGAGGAAUAAGAUUACAAAAAUCAAAAUAUUAUUAACGAACAUAGUUUAAACAAGCAAUCCAAGAGGAUUUUUUUUAUUCUAAAAUACAUGUCAGUAUUUCACAUUGUGUCAUUUGAUGUGGGGACAAAAAAACAGAUUUAAAUUGACUUAUUGUGUCCUUACUGAAAGACCAGUGUUUUUCAACUAUAAUUGAAACAGGACUUAUUCUUUCCAAAUGGAUUUUCUACUGAAUUGCAUUGUCAGAGAGUAACUGACAGCUGAAGUCACCAUGUCAUAUCUUGGUUGGAGAAGCAGGAGAGGAAAAGUGAAAAGCUACAAUAACACGGCAGAGCUCUGCUUCAACCUGGGUCUAUGUUAUCCACCAGAUGCAUGCCAGAUUAAUGGAUUCAUUCAGGCGUAUAAGGCCAGUGCUAAGAUAAAUCUAAAAGUUGGGUAUUUUAAAGAGGCAACGAAUUGCUACACCAAGGCCCUGCAGGGUUACGAGCUCUGUCAUAAUGACCCUACAGUGGCCAUCAAGAGGCAUAAGCUACUCUGUAAGAGGUCUUCAGCUUACCUGGGGAUGAAAAAGUUCAAGGAAUCGCGACGAGAUGCAGCCCAGGCAGUAGAUCUUUGUCCAUCAGACAUAAAGGGUUACUGGCGAUAUAGCGAAGCAGUAAAGGGAGGAUAUCAUGGCGUACAACUUGCCAUGCCGUACCUGACAGAAGGUCUGAGACGCGCCCUUGACGUAAACACGGUGAAGCAGAAUGAUGUUGUCAAAUUCAUCACAGAGAUCUGUGCUCUUAUACCGGAGGCCCCUCGUACAGAGAAAAUGAGAAGAAUAUUGUAUGAUAUGUGCAUUCCGGAUGAGAAGGACGUCCAAAUAUGGUAUAAAGUUAUCGCGAAUCUGGCUGCCGGACGUCACUGGAAAGGGCUCGGAAUGGUGUAUGGCUUUUAUAACAACUGCCCAUCAAGUCGGAUACGCGAACUGGACAUUGAUUGGAUCGGAAGUUGCCGGUCAGUGAGUUUGGGGACCAUGCUGUGUGAUCUACAGGACAUUGCAGUUAUUUCAUGGGGAGAAAAGUUGGCGACGUAUCUGAUUGACAAUGGGGCUUCUGUGGACGAAAUCGGCCAGGAAAUGGGCAUACCGACUAUCCACUUUGUGGUCAAACUGUCAUUGAGAAUAAACUCUACACAUCUGCUGGAUAACGUUCUUGCCAGAUUGAGUGGAGACAAACAGAACGCCCAGAACGCGGACGGCAACACAGCUCUCCACAUACUUACCAUAUUGGGCAAGGCCAACACAGACAUUGGUUUGAUGGUUCUCGAGAGUUUGCUACGCUGUAAGUGCAGUGCCACAAUUGUGAACAAGGACAUCAAGAAACCGAUAGACUAUCUAAAGGAGGGGGAUAAGGCCUACGCCCUACUCCUCAAUACUGAAACAGAUGGACAAUCGGCUAUCAGUUCAGCGGUACAGGAAGAACCUUUUCUUUUGGGAUGUGAACAAGUCAAUCGUAGUGUCGAAGGUGGCUCUCCCAUUCAGGCUGCCACUCUCAUCGUCCCGGAAAAGGAGAAAUUGUUCCUCACGAAGCACCAGCGUAAGGGGGACAACUCUUCCUCCAAUCUCGAAGAGCUUAAUGACAACUCAAUGUCAGUUUUCAGUAUUGACUCCAUUCAUUCUCCUGAGAAAGGUGCAAGUGAUUGUGCUGGAGAUAUUGGAAAAAUUGGUUUAGCUGGUAAGACAGAGGCUUGUGAAGAUGAGUUAGGAAGCGAAGCUAGUGCUCUUAAAGAUGAACUGGGAAUUGAAGCAAGUGCCUUUAGAAAUGAACUGGAAAGCAUAAGUGGAGCAAAUGUUGUGAAAAAAAAGUCGGAGAAUGAACUGAGUGGUAAUUCUGGAAUAUAUAUUAGAAACGUGUUCAAAGAAAACCCUAUUCCUAAAGGAAAUGAUGUUACCAAACAGAGUGUUGACAGUAUUAACACAUUUGAUGACUCGUCAGAUAAUGAUAGUUUUGUGAGUGCCUUUGAGGAAUUAAGCAAUGAAGAUGAAGGCUUUGAAGUAAAUAGCAACAUAAAUCUUAUUAAAAGAAACAUUGCUUGUGAUAAUAUUGUUAUUAAGACAGAUGCAGAACCGGAAAACAUAAGUGAAGCAGGUGCCGUUAAAGUUAAAUGGGAAGAUAAACGGAGUAGAAGUUCUGAAAUCGAUCAUAGAAAAGUGUUUAAAGAAAAACAUAUUGCUCAAGAGAAUGAUGCUACGUCUACCGAAGAAAGAGAAGACAGUAUUGACACACUUGAUGAGUCGUCAGAUCAGGACAGUUUUGUAAGUGCGUUUGAGGAAAAUGGCAGUGAAGGCACGGAAGUGAUUAACAAAGGGAAUGUUAAUGAGAGUAACAUUGCUAGUGAUUAUAUUGUUAUUAAAACAGUUGAUGCAGUAACGGAAAAGGGAGAUCACAGUUUUGCUAAAGAAAAAGCUGUUGAUUUUGUCGACAAAUCAGAAGUAAAAGACGAUAACAAAGAUGAAAAACAAGCUGGUGCUGUCAGUGAACGAGAACUAAAGGGAAAUGACAGAAAUGAAGUUGUAGAUGAAGAUAUAGACGUGGAAGAAGAGCAACUCGUUGAAUCUGUUGAUGACAAUGAUGAUGAUGAUGAUGAUGAUGAUGAUGAUGAUGAUGAUGAUGAUGAUGAUGUGGAUCAGUUUAUUAUUGAUGCUAAGGUAUUUGACAACUUGGAAUGGGAAGUUGAGUGUACGGCUGAAGUGUGGAAGACGUUGCGAGACCGACGCGUAACCAAGGAGCUGAAACAGCGCAUCGUACACAAGAUCCAGCUACUGGCUAGCGGGGACUGGCAACCACAUUUGUGCAAGAGACUGAAAAAUGCGCCUGCCACAAUUAACUUGUUUGAGGCAAAAUUCAGUAAAGGAAGAAGAAUCAUCUGGGAGCUAGCUGUAGCCUUCUCUCCAAGGCUGAGUGAGACAGCAGAGCGUCGUCAACAUCCAGAGCAAGAAGAGAUAACACAGGCAGUGAAGGGAGGAAGAAUCUACUCUGAAAUCAUCCGGGUCUGGGACAUUGUACUGGACCAUGACAAAAUUUACAGGAGUGUCAAGCGUAAUAAGAAGUCACAUCAGAGGGGUGAGGAUUGUGUAAUACAAAAGAACCUCCGGGGAAUGAAGUUCAAGUCCCCAGCUUUAGCCCUUGGGGUGGGAAAACGCUACCCCAUGUUGUAUGCUGAAAAGGGAGUUUCUGGAGAAGAGGUUCAGAAACAACAUCAGGUAAUACGGAGCCUUUUCCCACCAGCCAGUUCCAAUGACACAGAGCACCACAUUCGCAAGUUCUACUCUUUCUCAUCCAUACUCGUGAGCCACGUGCUUCACAACAUAGUGACCAAGGUGGAUUUCCCGUUCAAGGUGACCGAACUCGAACAGGCUAUUAUCAACUUGAGGUCAAGCGCUCCCAUAUUACUGAUAGGCAGGAGUGGCACAGGAAAGACGCUUUGCUGUUUGUACCGCCUGUGGAGCCAGUUUCACGCCUACUGGAUGAAGGCACGCGAGGCAGACGCACCGUUACUGCCACGAUGUGUAGAGUCUGUAAACCAGUCAGUCUCGGACAUACUCUAUGAUAAUCAAGAGGAGGAAAAUGAUGACGAUUCCAACACAAGCAGAUAUGAGAGUGAAGGAGCUACGGCAAGAACAAGUACACCGGACCCAGGAGUUGAGCCAGAGGACCAGGAGGGGGAAGAGGACACAUUUUAUGUCCAUCUACACCAGGUCUUCAUCACAAAGAAUGCUGUCUUAUGUAAUGAGAUGCAGAAAAACUUCAACGAGCUGAGUCAUGCUAAUGAGUUCAUGGUAGAGCACGUGAAGCAUGAGGGCGAGGCCCUUCCUUCUAGACUUCAGGAUGUUACGGACAAUGGUUUCCCGAUGUUUGUGACGUCUAGACAGCUGCUUCUGAUGCUGGACGCGUCCGUGGGACCUCCGUAUUUCUUUGACAGGAACAAGGAUGGUAGUCUGAAGGUGGAAAUAGCUGGAUGGACAGGCCUAGAUGGUCCCCUGAGUUUCCUGCCCCUGCUUCAUGAGGACUCGGACGCGGAGGAAUACCUUGAAGAAGAAGAGGUAGAGGAGAUUCGAGGCGGAGCCAGUGGAAAGAAACUUAAGGUUGAUCCUCGCCGGGAGAUAACGUAUACUGUGUUUGUGGAGGAGAUCUGGCCUCGCAUCAAGGAUAAGGCAAUCUACCAUCCGUCCCUAGUAUGGACAGAGAUCAUGUCAUUCAUCAAGGGUUCCUUUGAGGCGCUGUCCAAACCCAAUGGCUGCCUUGAAAAAGAAGAAUAUUUCAAACUAGGUCGUAAACGAGCCCAAUAUUCCUCUGAAGAACAAGACUCCAUCUACGCCUACUUCUUGAAAUAUGAACAAUUCAGGAAGCAGAACUCGCUAUUUGAUGAAACCGACCUGGUUCACGACACGGUCCAUCGCCUUUAUGUCUUAAAGAGGCGUCCAUGGGUUUUCCACCAGAUAUAUGUCGACGAGACUCAGGAUUUUACCCAGGCAGAACUGCGUCUGCUCAUCACACUGUGUCAGAAUCCUAACGACAUGUUUCUUACGGGUGAUACUGCCCAAAGUAUCAUGCGAGGCAUCUCAUUUCGAUUUAGUGAUCUUCGGUCGCUCUUCUUUCACGCAAAACACUCAAUGGGCAAUACUUCAGCUGUUGAGGUCCCAACGCAGGUCUACCAGCUUAACACCAACUACCGUUCCCAUGCCGGUAUUCUCUCCCUGGCAACCAGUAUUCUCGAACUCAUGGCUGAGUUCUUCCCCGAGUCGUUUGAUCGCCUCCAACCAGACCAAGGCUUGUUUUCCGGUCCCCAGCCUAUACUACUGGAGUCGUGCAGUUUUGGGGACCUUGCAGUUCUCCUCAGGGGGAAUCGGAGGAAGACGUCAGAUAUCCAGUUCGGGGCCAAUCAGGCUGUUUUGGUGGUGAAUGAUGCAGCUAGAGACUCCAUACCAGAAGAGCUGAGACUUGGCCUUGUGUUGACCAUUUAUGAGGCCAAGGGUCUCGAAUUUGAUGAUGUACUACUGUACAACUUUUUCAAAGACUCGGAGGCAAACAAGGAAUGGCGAGUGGUUACGGAGUACCUGGAGAGACAGCUAAGCCAGCAGACAAAAACUGGAGCUCGAAAUGUGUAUGACAAUCCUGUGCAGAUUGAUAAAGACAUCCUAGCAGCCCCAAACAGACCACGGCCCCUGAAGUUUAACCACAACCAACACAAGGUGCUCAACUCUGAGCUGAAGCGCUUGUACACGGCGUUGACACGAGCCCGCGUGAACGUGUGGAUAUUUGACGAGGACAAUGUUAAACGUGCGCCCAUGUUUGAGUACUUCAAAGCCCGCAAGCUGGUGAAGGCACUGCAGGUCGAGGAAAUUAAUGAGAAAAGACUGUCUAAGAUAGUGUUUGCUGAGAAGUCUAGCCCGUCAGACUGGCUGAAACGUGGUAAAGACUUUAUGCGCCAUUCUCUGUAUACUGUAGCGGCCAAAUGUUUCGCAAUGGGUGGGGAUCAUGGUCAGGAGGCAUUAGCCCUCGCCAAUGGACAGGCACUUAAGGCAUCCAAAAUGAAGGACAACUCCCGACAAAUGCACGAUGAGUUUCUAUGUGCUGCAGAGCUCUACCUUGAGUGUAACAAGCCUGCGAAAGCUGCCCUCUGUCUACAGAAUGCCAAGGAACAGAAACUGGCUGCCGAAAUGUUCGAGAAACUGGGACAGUUUGAGAAGGCUGCGGAGAUCUACCGAUGCAUAAAGCAGCCUCGUGACAGCAGCCGCUGUUACGAAAAGUUAGGGAACUUCAACAAGGCUCUAGAUGUGCUCUCGGAGAAUGAAAAUUAUAACAUGGCAAUCGAUACACUGCGUCGAUAUAGCAUAAACAUCGAGAAUUUGAGACAGAUGGGCUUGUCAAUACCCCAGCAGCUGAUUGAGCCGGAGAACCACUAUACAGAAGAAAAUCUCAGUCACAGGGCUGCUGAGCUGUACCAUAAGUACAACAAAGAAGCCAAGAUGAUGGAAGCCGUGGAGAAAUUCCAGCAUGUGGACGACCGUGUGGAGUUCCUUCUUAACCGUGGAUACAUACUGCAGGCUGCUAAGAUAAUGGAGUCCAAUGGCGACCUGGAUGGAGCUGCGAAGGUGUUACUGAUGCACGGUUGGUUGGAGGAGGCCAUAUUAACGGCCCGGAAAACCUCUGACAAGCAUAUCAUAGCCACGUGCCUGCUCGUCAAAUGCCGCCAUCUGUCCCACCAACUUCAAAAAUCAGACACUGAUCUUGCUGCUCUCACCAGCUGCUUCAGCGCGGCAGCACAGGAGGCAGCAGAUAAGUUCCAGGCUUGUGGAGACCAGGAUGGAUUGGGAUGUGUGUUGCUUCUACAGGCGGAUAUGUCCCGUGACGAUGACUAUAUCUGCAAGGCACUCCAGGCUUUCAGGAGAGCUAAGCCGUUUAAAAACAUCGCUGGCAGUGUGGCCUGUUGUGACAGGCUGGUAAAAAGGCAACGGUUGACAUAUGAUGAGAACCUGAAGACAGUAAUUAAAGGCAUUAGACAGAUGUUCAAAGUGUGCAUAGCUCUGGUAGAUCCGCACGCAUCAGUCAACUUGGAAAGAGUGAGGAGGAUUGAGCAGUUCUAUGGCUUACAUCCAUGCAGCCAGGAUAAAGUUGAGAUUCACCUUAAAGAAAGGCCGCUGUGUUUGGGUAUGUUCAAAACUAAGGCAGAUAAAAACAAGAAAAAAAUUGAGGUUAAGAAGACUGCUGCCCAUGAAUCUGUUGUAGAGUAUUUACUAAAGCAGACGACUGUGUGGCUGGAACCAUUGUGGAACAAGCUGAAUGCGAGAAGGAAACAAGUCAUGGUAUGUAAAAACUUCAGCAUGGGUAUGAAAUGCAAACAGAGUGGAAAUGUGGACAACCCAUGCAACAAACUGCAUAGAGUACAGACAAAAGAUGACUUUCAGCGCAUGAUUGAAUUGGAUUUGUUGAUGAUCGAGUAUGAGGCGACAGUGCAUUCUGGAGCUAUAAACUUUCGAAAGAACUGUCCAGUUAAACUGAAACCAGUUGUUGCGGAGUUCAUCGGCGAUGGGGAGCGAGAUUUCAGCUGGAAGUACCGGGCUGUGACGAAACUCUGGGAAGAUCUGAUGCCCAAAGGAGGUCAUCCCACCUUGAUAGAUUCCAACAGCAAGCAGCUACUGGACUUCAUAGUGAGGAAUGACAAGGUUCAUGGACACUUGAAGAGGUACUUUCAUGAUAGGUGGAUGAAAUCGGUCAAUGGGGACGUUAGAUUGAAUUGUUCAGCGGUACGAGAGACGGAUGUGUUCUUGGUCUUCCAGAUGGGGUUCUAUAUGUUCAACCUUGACUUUGGCUCAGGACGACUCGAAAGGACACCCGAUGCUGAGAUGUCAAAACUCGAGAAUGAGUUAGACAGAGAAAUGUCUGCGAAGAAGGUACUUGCUAAGUUCAAAGGAAACUUGAAAUCCUACUCGCUGAUGAUGGACACAGACAAGAAUGGAAGCAUAAAUGUCCAGUGCAUUGCAAGAAGAUUUGCCGAUGCCUAUAAACAUUUGAUCUUUUAUGAUCCGUAUGAGGCUGUUUUCAAGUUUGGCAAAUUUGUGAAUCUGCUUCGCGGCAAAAUAAAUUUAGAUUUCCAUGACAUUGGCCUAUACCUCAUGUGGAUGGAGUUUUAUGUCGUCCUGACAUUUCUUGUGAUUGCCAAGUUCAAUUCCAUAAAUGUUGGAAACUUUUGCUUUGUAGCUCCAAACAACUACAUCAGUCUGCUCAAAUUCAUAGGAGCCACGCUAUCCUCAAAAGCAAGCAACAAGUCGACUGUAGAAAUUGUACAUUCUUGGAAGCCUAGCUACUCCCAAAAAAAUGAUGGCCGUAUGCAGGAGAGGCUGAAGUGUAUAGCAUUUGCAGUUGCUGGAGUUUGCUUCGGCAAGUUUGAAAUGAUGAGGAUGCUUGUUGAGAGAUGUCAAGGAGAGCCGACAUUGUAUGCAUGUAUAGAGAGACUUCUGAUACUGGCCAUGACCUUGGUAUGCAACAUCGAUAAAACCGUGCUAAUUGAGAAUGAAAGCAGCCUCAUGGGGAUGAUGUGCCAUGCAAAUUUACCUGCUGAUGCCCCUGCAAGAAUGCACCGAAGUGUCAGAUGCCUGCAAGAAUGCAAUGGCGUUGCUGAUGUUGCAGGUGUACUGAUGCACCUUUUGAAGGUCCGGGGAAGAGGAGAAGAGAUGCUUGUUUGUUCAUGGAAGGGCGAAAGGAAUAAAGACCCUCUAGAGACGGUUCCUGUAGCUGCCUCAAUGGACCUGUUCCGAUCCUCUUUCUUCAAGACAGAGGACACUUUCAAUGCAAUGCGGCUGCUAAACCAGGCUGAGCAGAAAAUCAAGGAAAAUGUGGAGGGAAUGCCCGAGGCUGAUGGGCAACUGACUGAGGAAGAAUUGAGGCAAAGUCACCAAGAAAAACAGGAUCAGGCACAAAGAGAGCGUGAAAUCUGGGCUGCUACAGGUAUCGCUAGAUGGUACCGUAAUAUCAGGGAUGCACGCAUGUCUAAGGAUGUGAAGAAGCCGGAGAUUCAGGCCAUGCUCUCUGCUAUUAAAGUUGAUGAGACACACUGUGGGGUAUGUGGAGUCCUCUAUGAAGAUAUUUUGAAAGAGCGCCUGAAGUUAGAAAGGUCGGUAGUCGUAGGCGAUGAUUCUGUGUUAAACAAAACAAAUGUUGAUGGGGCAAGAAAGCAGCGCAGUUUGGAAACAGCACAAAAUCCCUGGGAAAAAGAAUUAGAUGUAAAGCCUAUCAGUAAAAAACAGAGGAUACAAAUGAUGGUGGGAAUCCAUAAGGCACAUACGAUACAGAAUUCUCAUUCACAGAAGUGUCAAGAAUUCCACAGAUUUAAGACAGGCUACAAUGAAGUCAUAGAACCACAGCUGAAGAAAAUUCGAGAAUUUGUGUAUGACUCUGGUGUUGGACUGGAUAAACCACAGUAUGUGGAGCAGCAUUACAAGAGACACAAAAUGGAGAUUGAGCGCAUGUUACGAUUGAUACCCCAGAUUGAACAGGAAAUUCACUUGCAAAUCACAAGCCAUCAUUGGGCGGGAGCUGGUCUUGUAAGGCAAAAUCUGACGGAACUUAUAACAGACUACCAGACAGUGGAGCCUUUUGUGAAAGAUGUUCACGCUAAACUGAAACAGGAGGGAGAGUACGAUGCCUGCAAAGCAACUACUGGAUUGACCAGGCAAGGUCGUGUCAAGUCAGAAAAUGACGAUGUAGGGGAUAUAGAAGCUGUUGUGGAGGAGCCGUCUGUGCCCGUCAGGAAACAGACCCGCAAGCAACGCAGAAGAAAAAAACAACGAUUCCAAAACCGAUAGACCAUCGCACCAUCCAUAAUCUUGGCCGAGGAACUGGAAUCACAUGACUAGUAUUUAACUCAAAGGCAAAUUUGUGAUCGAUGGAACAUUUUUAAUGUUUAAUUUCACAUUUUGUCUGUUAUUUACCCAUGGUGGAAUACAUUUUUGCAUUAAAAUGAGUUGUUUUAUUAGAGCUACAUGAAUGUAUGUGGUGUCAUUGACAUUAUUUCACUAUUUGCUUUUAACUUGACUAUGAAUACAAUUGACCAGUCGCCUAGUUGUCAUUUAAAUUAGUUGACCAAUAAUAGGAGUAUGUGUUUUUGAAUAAAGUAGAGCGCAUGGUUGCAUUAUAUAACAAACUGCUGCCAUGUGAUAUCAACAAGUUGCAAUAAUGAACUUGACGCUAAAAAACCCUGAAUUUUCAUAACUGCUUAACAAAUGUUUUACUAGUGAAAGAUAUCCCUGGGAAAAAAGGCACUUCUUGAGUUAAAGUAGGUCAUUAGGGCAUAGGGUGUUGUAAUCCGAUUCUGCUUUGGCAACUGUUUAAUUACUUGGACUACUUCAACCAACAGAGUCUAACUGCUGAAUUGUGUGUUUUCUGCGCUUUAUUCUGACAUGAGAUCUCAAUUUUAUACAUUAUUUUCCAUAAUUUUUUGUGUGGUUUGCUAGACUAUUUAGAUUCAUGUUUUUUUCAACUGUAGUGAGUUUGUUUUAUCAAGGUGAGCUACUGUAAUCGGCCUUUGCCCGGUGUCCGUCGUCAAAACCCUCUUCUAAACCGCUUAAACAAUUUCAAUGAAACUUCGAUGGGAUGUUCCUUUGGAGAUGCCCUUUCAAUAUCGUUCAAAGAAAUGAAUUCCGUGCACAACUCCGGUUGCCAUGGCAACCGAACCCAUUGCAAACGAAAGGAAAAACAUAAACAAUAUUCUUGACAAAAACGUUAAGGUUAGGAAUUAGAUAUUUGGUGUAGUAUUGUCUAGGGGCCCUCUUCCAAGAUUGUUCAAAUUAAGCCUGUUGGGUCAAAACUCCAAUAUACAACGCCCGUUGGGGUCACCUGAUUUACAUAAAGAUAUUUUGGGUAAUCUUUUGAAGAUACAGCUUUAAAAUUUAGACCAUGGGUACAGUUUUGAAAGCAAAUAGCAAUGUUCUCUUCGGAUGACCUUAUGUGUAGCAUUGUCUAACGAUACUCUACCAAGUUUAAAUAGGAACAGCCUCGAGGGUCAUCUGUGUUACAUAGGGAAUAACGGGAAAAAACCUCUUCUUGUCUAAAACCAAAGGCCUUGCGCUUAGAGAAUUGGUGAGUAACAGUGUAUUGUGGUAACAUAGGAUUUAAACAUUCACCCUGGUGAGCGAUACAUGGCCAUCAUGGCCCAUUUGUUAACAUGAAGUUCUAUGACAGCCAUUUGAUUUAACACCCAUGAUGAAGCAUUACAUAUUCAACUUAAAAUGAUGCUUGUCAAAGUUAAAGUAAAUAAAUGUUAUUUAGACAAAGUAGCGGUAUGACAAUUAUAUAAUUAUGAAAGUGUUAGUCCAAAAUCCUUAUAGAGCUUACUGUAUAUUGCAUACUUAAGAAUUUAGUUGGUUUAUAUUCAUAAAUAUAAAUUGUAUUCCCUUCAUCGUUUAACAAUUUCUUUCCAUUUUUAUUCGCCUUUUUUUUAUAAAUUUAAAAGUGCCUUAUAGCAUAUGCUUUAUUUUAUGCCUAACCAUAUUGAUAGUAUGUGCCAUUUUCAUUCCAUUUCAUCUGUAGUCCAUUUUAAUGUUUAAAUCAUCAUUUUUAAUACCAUGCAUUGUGAUUUUGGAUAAGCAAGUUUUGUGCUGUGGAUUGUUUCGAAGUGAUAGCUUUGGUGUCAUCGUUAUAGUAGCAUCACCUUUGACCUUGGUAAUGACUCAAAAACCGCUCAAGAUAUUUAGCUGUGACUUGCUACACACUACAUUAUGACUUUUGUUGUGAAUAUAACCAAGUUAUGACAACCAAAUUCUAAAUCUGUUAGGCUCCAAUUUAAAUAACAAACAUUCGAUGAUGUUAUAUAUGAUUUUCUACCAUUAUUUUAAGAUCUUUCAAUAAAAAAUAUAUUUGUAUAUUUCGAUCUUUUAAUAAAAUAUCUCUAACCACUUGUUUUUCUUGAAAUCACAUAUGAUACCAUAAAGAAAAAUACCAUAUACAUUUUAGAUUCAGGUUUUAAUAUGUGGCCAAAACUUUCAGGAUAUCGAAGUUGAUGGAAUUCAGCGUCUCCAUAUAGCUCAUCUAAUUGUGAAAACGUCUGACAAAAAAGGUCAUUUUUAAAAUGAGAAACACUUAAUAUUUAUUCUAAAUUAUUCUGUAUUAUAGUUGUUCCUUGUUUUCUUAAUGAUUGGUUAAGUGUUCAUUUUGUUCCUACUUUUGUUGUUUAAAGUUACUCCACAAGCUAUUCUCUUUUCACUUUGUUAACCAUUUAGCUGUUGUUUAAGUUUCGUUUUGCCUCAAAAUUCCUGUUUGAAGUGUAUAAGCACUGUCAAAGGCCUAGGUUAAGCCUUCUAUAAGUGACCCCCCCCCCGCCCCUCAAAUUCGUGUAUAAUACAAAACUUCUGUGUAUUGAUCUUUACCUUAUCUGCACGGUGCUGCUUAUCAGAUCUACCAUCUGAGUGUCCUGCUGUGAAGAUAUAGAGGUUUUAUUAUAGAAAUGGACAAUACAUCCUGUCUUUUAGUUGUUUUUGUUGUUUUCAAAUGAUAAUAUUAGUUUUAUUACAAUGCCUUUGAAUAAGAAUAAGAGUUAUGUUAUUUAUAAUAGCCCAUUUAUAUGAUUUAACCAUGAUGCUUCACAAUUUCGAUAUAACAAUGGUGACCAUGCAUUUAAAAUGGAUUUAAAAUCCAUGUUAUAUAAUUAUUUAAA